GCGGAGAAGCUGCUCGUUACCGUCGCUCCAGAUUCACCAACCGCACCGCAUAGCACCCGGAACCCCUGCCGCCAUGUCUCCAAGGAAGUUUUUCGUGGGGGGAAACUGGAAGAUGAACGGUAGCAAGAAGAGCCUGGGGGAGCUGAUCAAUACCCUGAACAGCGCCAAGAUCAAUGCGGACACAGAGGUAGUAUGCGGUGCCCCCACAAUUUACCUAGACUUUGUACACCAGAAGUUGGAUGCUAAAUUUGCAGUUGCUGCACAGAAUUGCUACAAAGUACCAAGUGGAGCCUACACUGGGGAGACCAGCCCAGCUAUGAUUAAAGAUGUUGGUGCUACCUGGGUGAUUCUUGGACAUUCCGAGAGGCGACAUGUUUUUGGGGAAAGUGAUGAGCUGAUUGGCCAGAAGGUGGCUCAUGCACUGUCGGAGAACCUAGGGGUCAUUGCCUGCAUUGGGGAGAAGCUGGACCAGCGGGAGGCUGGAAUCACGGAGAAAGUGGUGUUUGAGCAGACAAAGUUCAUUGCAGAUAACGUAAAGGACUGGAGCAAGGUUGUCCUGGCAUAUGAGCCAGUCUGGGCCAUCGGUACUGGCAAGACCGCCACACCCCAACAAGCCCAGGAGGUGCACAAUAAGCUCCGGGAAUGGCUGAAGACUAAUGUAUCUGAACAAGUUGCCCAAUCAACACGCAUCAUCUAUGGAGGUUCCGUCACUGGGGGCACCUCCAAGGAGCUGGGAUCUCAGCCUGAUAUCGAUGGCUUCCUGGUCGGAGGAGCGUCGCUGAAGCCAGAGUUUAUUGACAUCAUCAAUGCCAAGCAUUAACCCUUUCCCUCCACAACAUGUUGCCUUCUCAUGCAGUUUCAUACAUGGCAGUACUGUCUGAUGUCCCCCAUUUCAUGUCUAGUGACCCUUCAGUGUGAGCAGCCUCUCUCCCCGAGGUGAUUCUGUAUAAGUGAAUUAGAAUGUGUAAUAAAUUAAAGAUGGUCUCCA